CAUUAAUUCGUGUAACACCUAGAAGCAAAGUUCAUUUGUUAUGGAAGUAAACUUGAGAUACGUCUAAUAUUUUACGCAGCUAAACAGUCAUGUACAGUUGCCUUUCAAGGUAAGUACUAUGGUGCAUAUUGUCCAAAGUAGUUAGCUAUGUCAUAUUGCUGACAUCGCUACAAAGCUAGAUGACGACUUCUGCUAGUAAUACGUUCACAACAGCCAAAAUACCGUGAUGACCUUUGGCAUACUUAGCUAGUCUGAUUGCUACAAUGUUUAAACAUUAGCUACACUUGUCAACAAAUCAGAAAUAACGGGGCGUGUUAUCAAUCAAUUAGCUAGAUUUCCCAUUAAAACAUUAUCUAACAUGUCAGUCAUGCUUUUUAGGGGUUUGAGGACCAAAGGCAGACUAUGUCCUGGUUAUGCCUCCUCUCAGUCACCUCCAUGGAACGUUGACCCGUGCACACCUAGCACACACAGGCGUCCAGAACGCUGUUUACACUCAAGGAUAUCAGCAGGCAACCUAUGGCAAUCUUUGGCACACCUUCUCUCAGGCCGAGCUAAGCAGCAGCCAGUGGCAGCCUGCUUGAUGAGUACCAGUGUGCGCAGAAGACGAUUGCCAAGUGCCUUUCCAGUUUUAGAUGAAGCCCUCCAGCCAAUUCACAAUGAUGUAUUUGAGGCUAACCUACGAAACAGCCAGGCAUGCCAACAAAGGUAGGUAGAAACUCCAUACACCUCAGCAAUCUCAGUGUAUCAACUAGUUUUCCAUUUCUGCUGUAAAGUAUUAGCCUUGUGAUUAUGGUGGCCCUUCCAGGUAUAUUGAAUACAUGGAGAAGGUGAAGAAGGGGGGUGGGGAGAAUGCAGUAAAGAGGCACACCCAGAGAAACAAGAAGAUGUUGGUUACGGACCGUCUUCGCAUGCUGUUUGAUGACGGAUACUACUUUGAGCUGUCUCCCUUUGCUGGAAUGGGCCUACCCUAUGGAGACAUCCCCUCAGCAGGCUGUCUCACAGGUAGAGAGGGUUCUCUGCUCUGUCAGUGACGGAUGCUCUUAAUGCAUGCUUAACACUCAUAAAAAUGUGAAAUAUCCAACCUCAAAUUUGGCAGCAAAGGAAAUGUCUUGUUCCAGUGCAUUGUAAUAGCAAAAUAUGUAUAAGUAAGAAUAUGAGUUAUACUCAGCCUUAUUGCUUCAUUAUGCACUCUCUCACUGUUGCAGGUAUAGGUAAAAUCAACGGGCUGUGGUGUGUGUUUAUUGCAAAUGAUGCCACUGUGAGUGGUGGUACAGCCUAUCCCAUAACCGUCAAGAAGCAGCUCAGAGCCCAGGAUGUAGCUAUCCAGAACCGGCUUCCCUGUGUCUACCUGGUAGAUAGUGGAGGUGCAUUCCUUCCUCUUCAGGUAUGAACUCAACUCAUUGAGAUUAAUCCAACUGAUGAAUGACUCAAGACGUAACUGCUAAGUUUACUCCAUCCACAGUCUGAGAUUUUCCCUGAUAAAAACCAAGGAGGACGUACUUUCUACAAUGAAGCCAUCAUGUCUGCCAUGAAGAUCCCUCAGGUGAGACAGAAAUGCUAAACAUCCCAUUGCAGACAAAAUCCAAACACAAUAUAUUCUACCCAAGGGCGGCAGGUAGCUUAGUGGUUAAGAGCGUUGUGCCAGUAACCGAAAGGUCGCUGGUUCUAAUCCCCGAGCCGACUAGGUGAAAAAUCUGUCGAUGUGCCCUUGAGCAAGGCACUUAACCCUAAUUGCUCCUGUAAGUCGCUCUGGAUAAGAGCGUCUGCUAAAUGACCAAUUAUUAUUAAUUAUUAUUUUACCCAUGAAUGUUGUAUCUUACUCCCUCUAGGUGUCAGUGGUCUGUGGUUCAUGUACAGCUGGCGGUGCAUACAUCCCAACUAUGGCAGAAGAGACGGUGAUGGUGCACCGGAUCGGGACGAUAUUCCUGGGCGGACCGCCCUUGGUGAAAGCUGCCACAGGGGAAGAAGUCUCCCCAGAGAAUCUGGGUGGGGCCACACUCCAUGCAGAGUGAGUGAGUGAAUGGAAAGCAUACAAACUCUCUCAAGUUCUCUGUGAGAUCCACUAUACUACUAUAUCUGCACUAAUAGGCUCAAACUUACUCCCCCCCGCUUCAGAGUGAGCGGCUGUGUGGACCACUUUGCCUCUGUGGAGAAGGAAGCCUAUGAAACCACACGUAACAUGAUCUCCACCCUCAAUUUUGAGCUGCCCGAGGAAGACGGGGAAGGGGUGGAGGAGCCUCGACACAGUGUGGAGGAGUUGAUGGGUCUGGCCCCACAGGACUAUGACCACAGUCUGGAUGUCAAGCUGGUCAGCUCAACACACCCACACUUAAACCAACAGUCACAUCUCAUGGGGAUGUUUUAGAAUAACAAUUAUUUUGUAUAUUUUUUCUGUUCAGAUCCUGAGUCGGCUGACUGAUGGCAGUAAGUUCCAGGAAUUCAAGGCUCGAUAUGGAACAACCCUUGUGACUGGUUUUGCCAGAAUUAGCGGGUAAGAACUGUUGAUUGACACACAGUCUUUAGUUUUGAAGUAUUUACCCAUCCUCCUUCAAUGGUUUAGUAGAUUAAGAUGCCUUCUAGACUUUUUCUUAAAGGUCAGACUUUUACAACUCCCUUCAUUAUGCAUACAUUUUAAUGGAGUCUUUUAUUGCUUCAGAAAGUAGCUGUAUAUUGGAACCUCUUAAAACCUCUAUGUUCAUAUAACAUUAAUUAACUGACACAUUUUUGAAGCAGAAUGUUUAACAAAAGAGCGUCAGGAGAUUAACGGUUAACCCUGUUAACUUGCAAAUCAGAUUAGUGUGCUUCUGCAUUCCAACCAAUCAAAUCUUUCCCUACCCCAACAAGAGUCAUAUUAAGAUGGGGAAUCUUUUUGAGUGAGAAUGGCGAACACAAGGGAAACAAGUCUCUUCAGCCAGCUUUCAUCUGCUUUUACAAAGAGCUUCUCUGAGAGCAACUCGUUGUCAUGGCAGCAGAAUGUUCUAGAUGCAGGUUAGCGUUUUUCGUCAUGAAUCGUGUUCUGGAGGCAGAGCUGCAGAGUGGUCACUAGCUGGCACAGCCACAGUCAUAAAAUCUGAUGUUAAACCUAACCACACUGCUAACCCUAAUGCCUAACCUUAAAUUAAGCACCAAAAAAAAAGAAACGUUUACAAUAUAGCCAUGGCAGUAAACGUCAACCUGCGUUCUAGAUCCAGAGGGUAUUGUGAUUUUAAUCAGGGUAUGGUGCUCAAACAAUUCAUCAAGAAAUUACUUGAUGAAAACCCUUAUAAAUCUUGAUGAAAAGUUUAUUUAGUUUUAUAUUCUUAAACUCCACUAAAAGUACUAAAAUACAGCAGUUAUGCAAAUUGUAUGAAGGCAAUAUGUUUUAUUCAAGUUUAAUGCCUAACUUGCAGUAUAUAUUUUUUUCUUCAGGCAUCAGGUUGGCAUUGUGGCGAGCAAUGGGGCGCUAACGCACAAUGCAUCAUUAAAAGGCAGCCACUUUGUCCAGCUGUGUGACCAGCGAGACAUCCCCCUGAUAUUCUUGCAGAACACUGUCCCAAUGCCAGAGCUAACCCUCUCCCAAACCCAGGUAUGGCACUGCAGCCAACCCUGAGCACUCACCACAGAAUAAAACCACACUUUGUUAUGAAGCACAAAGACUGGUGAGGAGGAGCACGGAGAGGCCUCUCAACAUUAUUUUGUAAACGGACACUCCUGUGGAACUCAGUCAGCUCUGUUAAAUAGAACUAUGAUUAAAAUCAGGUCUCAAAAUCAAUACAGCCAUGUCAUCAGAAUGUUGUUAUGCUCUGUUCUUGAACAUGGAUGUGGAAUUUCAUGUCAGUGUGUUAACAAGUUUCCGCUGGUGUUACUCAUGGAACAAUCUGUUAACUGUGUGUGUGUGUGUGUGUGUGUGUGUGUGUGUGUGUAUCCUCUCUCUACUGUAGGCAGAGACCAACACCAACAGACUGAAGGCUCAGGGUUCCAUGAUGUCUGCUGUGGCAUGUGCCUCUGUUCCAAAAAUCACCAUCGUCAUUGGGGGAUGCCAUGGCGCUGAAAGUUAUGCUAUGGUUUGUACAAUAGUGCCAGCAGUGGUCACUAUAUGAAAAUUAGCCCAGUGCUUACACAUCAAUUCCCUUAUACACAGUUUAUUAGGUACACCACCCCGUUCACAAAAAUGUUUUGCUCCUACAGACAGUGAGUCACGUGGCUUGCUAUAUAAAGCAGGCAGAUGGGCAUCGAGGCAUUCAGCUACUGUUCGAUUGAAUGUUAGAAUGGGCAAAACGAGUGACCUAAGCGACUUUGAGUGUGGUAUGAUCGCUGGUGCCAGGCGUGCCAGUGCCGGUUCCAGUAUUUCAGAAACGGCCGGCCUCCUGGGCUUUUCACACACGACAGUGGUUUACGGAGAAUGGCGUGACAAAAAAAAUAUCAGUGGCAGUCCUGGAGCUCGUUGAUGAGAGGACGAAGGAGAAUGGAAAGAAUCGUGCAAGCUAACAGGCGGGCCACAAACAGGCAAAUAAUAGCACAGUACAACAGUGGUGUGCAGAAUGGCAUCUUGGAACGCACAACUCGUUGGUACUUGUCACGGAUGGGUUAUUGCAGCAGACGACCACACCGUGUUCCACUCGUAUCAACUAAAAACAAGAAGAAGUGGCUCCAGUUGGCACACGAUCACCAACACUGGACAAUUGAGGAGUGGAAAAACAUAGCCUGGGCCGACGGAUCCUGGUUCCUGUUACGUCAUACUGAUGGCAGUCAGGAUUUGGCGUAAGCGGCAUGGGUCCAUGGCCCCAUCCUGCCUGGUGUCAACAGUACAGGCUGGUGGCGGUGGUGUAAUGGUGUGGGGAAUGUUUUCCUGGCACACGGUAGGUCCCUUGAUACCACUUGAGCAACGUAACCAUGCCUGAAGAAUUCAGGCUGUUCUGGAGGCAAAGGGGGGUCCAACCUGGUACUAGAUGUGUGUACCUAACAAAACUGGCCACUGAGUGUAUAUUGAAAAUACUAACUAAACUGGUCUCUCUCUUUUCUGUGUUGUUUUCUUUAUCUAGUGUGGCAGGUCAUUUGACCCAAACUUCCUAUUCCUAUGGCCCAAUGCCAGAGUGUCCCUGGUGGCCCCUGGUCACUCUGCAGCUCUGGCACAAGAGGAGGAGGACGUUGAGAAGAUCAAUAAAAGGUAAGUCACCCAUAGUAUUAGUGGCAGAAUUGGCGGAAUGAAUACAUCCCUGAUCACACGCAAACACAGUUCACUUUCAUAGCAGCCACAUACAUGCAGCAUGAUCCCUUUGAUCAGUGUAGUAUUCCUUCCCGCAUCUACACACUCUCCUCCUCUCACCUUUUCCCUUCGCUUGUGGACUUAAGUGCACAACACAUCAGCUGUCUGUGACCAGGCGAAAAAACCUUUCCAAGCCAAACCUUCAUAUCAUAACCGCUACACACAGCCUACACCUUUGUCACCAUAUUAUAACGUCAUAGUCAACAUAGCUACUAGAACUAAAGCGUUAGUAAACUUGCAACAAUCAUGCAGUACAGUGUACAGUCAGCAAAUUUAGCAGUUGCACCGGCAGGCCCCGGUGGCAAUACAUUUAAUAAAACCAAAAGCUUACCUUGACUUGGAAGAGUUCCAUUGUUGGAUAGCCAUAGCCAGCUAGCUAACAUAGCAUCCCUCUCUGUUUGAGCAGGGUGUUUGAGUAGGCUAAACUAGCUAGCUACAUUUGCUAGCUAAGUAAGUGAAAAUGAAAGUGGAAAAAAUACUAAAUAUAGCUAGCGCUCUCUCUUGCUCCUCCUUCAUUUUUGAAGAAAUUAAUUUGUUCAAAACUGUUCAACUAUUGUAUUUCUCUCUGAGUCAACUACUCACCACAUUUUAUGCACUGCAGUGCUAGCUAGCUGUAGCUAAUGCCUUAAAUACUAGAUUCAUUCUCUGAUUCUUUGAUUGGGUGAACAACAUGUCAGUUCAUGCUGCAAGAGCUCUGAUAGGUUGGAAGACAUCCUCCGGAAGUUGUCAUAAUUACUGUGUAAGUCUAUGGAAGGAGGUGAGAACUACGAGCCUCCUAGGUUUUGUAUUGAAGUCAAUGUACCCACAGGAUGACGGAAACUAGCUGUCCUCCAGCUAAACCAUGGUGCUACCCUACAGAGUGCUAUUGAGGCUACUGUAGAACUUAUUUGCAAAACAGUGUGUUUCAAUUAAUUAUUUGGUGCCGUGAAUUUAUUUAGUAUAUAAUUUAUUUAGUAUAUCUAAAAACAAUACUUUUUCAAAAAUUUCAUUAUUUUAAUUUUUCUGAAAUUCACUGAGGAGGAUUGUCCUCCCGUUUCUUCUCUGAGGAGCUUCCACUGCAUAGUACUGUCUUUCGCACAGGAAUAUGAUUCAUGUUUGAUUUGUUUGGUUAAAUGUCUCAGUGGAUUUUAACAGGGGUGUUUAUCCUUCUAGGUUGGAGAAUGAGAGCUCUGCAUUCUUCUCGUCUGGCAGACUUUGGGAUGAUGGAGUAAUUCUUCCCCAGGACACUAGGAAGGUAAAUAAUAAUAAUAAUAAUAAUAAUAAUAAUAAUACAAAUGUAUGGCAUUUAGCAGACGCUUUUAUCCAAAGCGACUUAGUCAUGGGUGGCCCCAGCGGGAAACGAAUCCACUAUCCUUGGCGUUGCAAGCGCCAUGCUCUACCAACUACAGUGCCUUGCAAAAGUAUUCAGCCCCCUUGGCGUUUUUCCUAUUUUGUUGCAUUACAACCUGUAAUUUAAAUUUGAUUUUUAUUUGGAUUUCAUGUAAUGGACAUACACAAAAUAGUCCAAAUUGGUGAAGUGAAAUGAAAAAUCAAAUCAAAUCAAUUUUUAUUGGCCACAUGCGCCGAAUACAACAAGUGUAGACAUUACAGUGAAAUGCUUACUUACAGCCCUUAACCAACAAUGCAUUUAUUUUUUUAUAAAAAAGUAAAAUAAAACAACAACAAAAAAGUGUUGAGAAAAAAAAGAGCAGAAGUAAAAUAAAAUAACAGUAGGGAGGCUAUAUAUACAGGGGGGUACCGGUGCAGAGUCAAUGUGCAGGGGCACCGGCUAGUUGAGAUAGUUGAGGUAAUAUGUACAUGUGGGUAGAGUUAAAGUGACUAUGCAUAAAUAAUUAACAGAGUAGCAGCAGCGUAAAAAGACGGGGUGGGGGUGGGGGGGGCAGUGCAAAUAGUCAGGGUAGCCAUGAUUAGCUGUUCAGGAGUCUUAUGGCUUGGGGGUAGAAGCUGUUGAGAAGUCUUUUGGACCUAGACUUGGCACUCCGGUACCGCUUGCCGUGCGGUAGCAGAGAGAACAGUCUAUGACUAGGGUGGCUAGAGUCUUUGACGAUUUUGAGGGCCUUCCUCUGACACCCCCUGGUAUAGAGGUCCUGGAUGGCAGGAAGCUUGGUCCCGUGAUUUACUGGGCCGUACGCACAACCCUCUGUAGUGCCUUGCGGUCGGAGGCCGAGCAGUUGCCAUACCAGGCGGUGAUGUAACCAGUCAGGAUGCUCUCGAUGGUGCAGCUGUAGAAUGUUUUGAGGACCAUGAUAGUUCGUUGGUGAUGUGGACACCAAGGAACUUGAAGCUCUCAACCUGUUCCACUACAGCCCCGUCGAUGAGAAUGGGGGCGGGCUCAGUCCUCUUUUUUUUCUUCCUGUAGUCCACAAUCAUCUCUUUGUCUUGGUCACGUUGAGGGAGAGGUUGUUAUCCUGGCACCACACGGCCAGGUCUCUGACCUCCUCCCUAUAGGCUGUCUCAUCGUUGUCGGUGAUCAGGCCUACCACUGUUGUGUCGUCGGCAAACUUAAUGAUGGUGUUGGAGUCGUGCCUGGCCAUGCAGUCAUGGGUGAACAGGGAGUACAGGAGGGGACUGAGCACGCACCCCUGAGGGGCCCCCGUGUUGAGGAUCAGUGUGGCAGAUGUGUUGUUACCUACCCUUACCACCUGGGGGCGGCUCCUCAGGAAGUCCAGGAUCCAGUUGCAGAGGGAGGUGUUUAGUCCCAGGAUCCUUAGCUUAGUGAUGAGCUUUGAGGGCACUAUGGUGUUGAAGGACAGCGGAGUCACUCACCACCUUCCGGAGACAUUUAAAACCCCACCUCUUUAAGGAAUACCUGGGAUAGGAUAAAGUAAUCCUUCUAUCCCCCCCCCCCCUUACUCCAAAAAAAACAAAACAUUGUAAAGUGGUUAUCCCACUGGCUAUAGGGUGAAUGCACCUAUUUGUAAGUCGCUCUGGAUAAGAGCGUCUGCUAAAUGACGUAAAUGUAAAUGUAAAUGAAUGCUGAGCUGUAGUCAAUGAAUAGCAUUCUCACGUAGGUGUUCCUCAUGUCCAGGUGGGAAAGGGCAAUGUGGAGUGCAAUAGAGAUUGCAUCAUCUGUGGAUCUGUUGGGGCGGUAUGCAAAUUGGAGUGGGUCUAGGGUUUCUGGGAUAAUGGUGUUGAUGUGAGCCAUGACCAGCCUUUCAAAGCACUUCAUGGCUACAGACGUCAGUGCUACGGGUCGGUAGUCAUUUAAGCAGGUUAUCUUAGUGUCCUUGGGCACGGGGACUAUGGUGGUCUGCUUGAAACAUGUUGGUAUUACAGAAAAGGUAUUACAAAAAUAACUUGUUUCACAAAAUUCUAAAAAAUAAAUAACGGAAAAGUGGUGCGUGCAUAUGUAUUUGCUUCAGAAGUCACAUAAUUAGUUAAAUAAAGUCCACCUGUGUGCAAGCUAAGUGUCACAUGAUCUCAGUAUAUAUACACCUGUUCUGAAAGGCCCAGAGUCUUCAACACCACUAAGCAAGGGGCACCACCAAGCAAGCAGCACCAUGAAGACCAAGGAGCUCUCCAAACAGGUCAGGAACAAAGUUGUGGAGAAGUACAGAUCAGGGUUGGGUAAUAAAAAAAUAUCAAAAACUUUGAACAUCCCACGGAGUACCAUUAAAUCCAUGAUUAAACAAUUGAAAGAAUAUGGCACCACAACAAACCUGCCAAGAGAGGGCCGCCCACCAAAACUCACGGACCAGGCAAGGAGGGCAUUAAUUAGAGAGGCAACAAAGAGACCAAAGGUAACCCUGAAGGAGCUGCAAAGCUCCACAGCGGAGAUUGGAGUAUCUGUCCAUAAGACCACUUUAAGCCGAACACUCCACAGAACUGGGCUUUACAGAAGAGACGCCAGAAAAAAGCCAUUGCUUAAAGAAAAAAAUAAGCAAACACGUUUGGUGUACGCCAAAAGGCAUGUGGGAGACUCCCCAAACAUAUGAAAGAAGGUACUCUGGUCAGAUGAGACUAAAAUUGAGCUUUUUGGCCAUCAAGGAAAAUGCUGUGUCUGGUGCAAACCCAACACCUCUUAUCACCCCGAGAACACCAUCCCUUUUCAUCGGCAGGGACUGGGAAACUGGUCAGAAUUGAAGGAAUGAUGGAUGGCGCUAAAUAGAGGGAAAUUCUUGAGGGAAACCUGUUUCAGUCUUCCAGAGAUUUGAGACUGAGACGGAGGUUCACCUUCCAGCAGGACAAUGACCCUAAGCAUACUGCUAAAGCAACACUCAAGUGGUUUAAUUGGAAACAUUUAAAUGUCUUGGAAUGGCCUAGUCAAAGCCCAGACCUCAAUCCAAUUGAGAAUCUGUGGUAUGACUUAAAGAUUGCGGUACACCAGCGGAGCCCAUCCAAUUUGAAGGAGCUGGAGCAGUUUUGCCUUGAAGAAUGGGCAAAAAUCCCAGUGGCUAGAUGUGCCAAGCUUAUAGAGACAUACCCCAAGAGACUUGCAGCUGUAAUUGCUGCAAAAUGUGGCUCUACAAAGUAUUGACUUUGGGUGGGGUGAAUAGUUAUGCACGCUCAAGUUUUCUGUUUUUUUGUCUUAUUUCUUGUUUGUUUCACCCCAAAAAUAUUUUGCAUCUUCAAAGUGGUAGGCAUGUUGUGUAAAUUAAAUGAUACAAACCGCCAGAAAAAUCCAUUUUAAUUCCAGGUUGUAAGGCAACAAAAUAGGAAAAAUGCCAAGGAGGGUGAAUACUUUCACAAGCCACUGUAAGCCACACAGGACCAGGACUGAUUUAAAUCUCUCUGUAGAAUCACAACUGCCACAGUCCAGGCUGGUCCUCACUGACUGGAAGCAGAUUUUGAGGUUUACAGUGAGGGAAAAAAGUAUUUGAUCCCUUGCUGAUUUUGUACGUUUGCCCACUGACAAAGACAUGAUCAGUCUAUAAUUUUAAUGGUAGGUUUAUUUGAACAGUGAGAGACAGAAUAACAACAACAAAAUCCAGAAAAACUCAUGUCAAAAAUGUUAUAAAUUGAUUUGCAUUUUAAUGAGGGAAAUAAGUAUUUGACCCCCUCUCAAUCAGAAAGAUUUCUGGCUCCCAGGUGUCUUUUAUACAGGUAACGAGCUGAGAUUAGGAGCAGACUCUUAAAGGGAGUGCUCCUAAUCUCAGUUUGUUACCUGUAUAAAAGACACCUGUCCACAGAAGCAAUCAAUCAAUCAGAUUCCAAACUCUCCACCAUGGCCAAGACCAAAAAGCUCUCCAAGGAUGUCAGGGACAAGAUUGUAGACCUACACAAGGCUGGAAUGGGCUACAAGACCAUCGCCAAGCAGCUUGGUGAGAAGGUGACAACAGGUGGUGUGAUUAUUCGCAAAUGGAAGAAACACAAAAUAACUGUCAAUCUCCCUUGGCCUGGGGCUCCAUGCAAGAUCUCACCUUGUGGAGAUGCAAUGAUCAUGAGAACGGUGAGGAAUCAGCCCAGAACUACACUGGAGGAUCUUGUCAAUGAUCUCAAGGCAGCUGGGACCAUAGUCACCAAGAAAACAAUUGGUAACACACUACGCCGUGAAGGACUGAAAGCCUGCAGCGCCCGCAAGGUCCCCCUGCACAAGAAAGCACAUAUACAUGCCCGUCUGAAGUUUGCCAAUGAACAUCUGAAUGAUUCAGAGGAGAACUGGGUGAAAGUGUUGUGGUCAGAUGAGACCAAAAUCGAGCUCUUUGCCAUCAACUCAACUCGCCGUGUUUGGAGGAGGAGGAAUGCUGCCUAUGACCCCAAGAACACCAUCCCCACCGUCAAACAUGGAGGUGGAAACAUUAUGUUUUGGGGGUGUUUUUCUGCUAAGGGGACAGGACAACUUCACCGCAUCAAAGAGACUAUGGACGGGGCCAUGUACCGUCUAAUCUUGGGUGAGAACCUCCUUCCCUCAGCCAGGGCAUUGAAAAUGGGGCGUGGAUGGGUAUUCCAGCAUGACAAUGACCCAAAACACACGGCCAAGGCAACAAAGGAGUGGCUCAAAAAGAAGCACAUUAAGGUCCUGGAGUGGCAUAGCCAGUCUCCAGAACUUAAUCCCAUAAAAAAUAUGUGGAGGGAGCUGAAGGUUCGAGUUGCCAAACAUCAGCCUCAAAACCUUAAUGACUUGGAGAAGAUCUGCAAAGAGGAGUAGGACAAAAUCCCUCCUGAGAUGUGUGCAAACCUGGUGGCCAACUACAAGAAACGUCUGACCUCUGUGAUUGCCAACACGGGUUUUGCCACCAAGUACUAAGUCAUGUUUUGCAGAGGGGUGAAAUACUUAUUUCCCUCAUUAAAAUGCAAAACAUUUUUGACAUGCAUUUUUCUGGAUUUUUGUUGUUGUUAUUCUGUCUCUCACUGUUCAAAUAAACCUACCAUUAAAAUGAUAGACUGAUCAUGUCUUUGUCAGUGGGCAAACGUACAAAAUCAGCAGGGGAUCAAAUACUUUUUUCCCUCACUGUACCAUGGAAAUGUGGAAAAAACAAAACACUUACGUAAUGGCAUAGUUAAGUUGGCUCUGGCCAUCACAAGUCGUUAUUCUUGAGAAUCUCUGCCAUUUGAAAGAAGUAGGGUUAUUGAAUGCUACUUGGUAGGUUAUUAAUGAAAAAAAUACAGAAAGUGUUGCAAGUUCUUUAUCUGUGAAAAUCUUAAUCAGUUUGCACAUGCCCAUUACAUGUUUCUUUCUCAUUAGGUUUUGGGUGAUUGUCUGAAAAUCAUCAAACAACAGGAAUACCAACUCUCCAAAGAGAAACUAAGGACUCCAUUACUCAGAAUGUAAAACUGCCUCAGUUACAAUUGCCUUUCUCAGAAAAAGAUCUGUUAAAUCUCUUCUGACAAAAUGCCUUUAUAGAGGCACCAUAACAAUGAAGUGCUGAUCACAGCAGAAAAAAAAACAUUUGAGAUUUGUAAUGUAAUAACAUUAUCAAUGCAAUUUUGAUUUUUAUUUGCAGAAAAGUAGCAGAAUGUGUAAAUACAACUUGAAACAUGUACCAUAGAAUACUAAAAUGUGUCUUGUGUGUCUUUAAUUCUUAUAUACAGUGCCUUCAGAAAGUAUUCAUACCCCUUGACUUAUUUACACAUUUUGUGUUACAGCCUGAA